AUGGAAUUCUGUCCGCAACUAUUGGCCUUUCAAGGAGUUAUCAUAUCUGCUGACAACGUCCAUCCCUUUUCACGACUUACUUCGAAAGUCGGAAAUGAAGAGAAAUUCAAAUAUAUUAUUGAUAACAUUUCCAAAUUCCUCCAUGAAGGAAGAUAUAUUUCUUCACAUGAAAUAUUAGAUGAGAAUAAAGUGCGAAAGUUUGCUUUUUACGUCAUCUUGAAUGCUGAUCUAUCAGUAUUAACAGAAAUUACUGAUUUGGAGGAAAUAGCGUUGAUUAUUGGGACGACACCUACUAUACCCAAGUGCUUAAUGUGUGAAAUAUUUUGGGAACUUCAUUUUGAAAAGUUUUUAUAUGAGGCGAUAGCUUAUACUUAUCCAGAUUUAGGUUUAGAAUUAGCAUCUGCCUUUAUUGACAGCAUCAAAUACUUCUCACCUAGUGAAUGUCUUAACAAAUUGCAAAUUCUCUGUUCUGGCUUGUACAGAAUUAUAAGUAGGUUUCCUUUCUUCAGCUUAAGCAAUAACAUAUUGUCAGAUAAAUUAACUGUGACAUUUAAUAAUUUUCAAAGGUGUAUCACUUACUACACCCAACCCCCUAAACCUGAGUUAUAUAAUGCUAUGAAUGAAGAUGAGCGUUAUAAAUAUAUAGGAAACCGUCUUCACUCAAUGCUGUUUUUAGUAUAUGAAUGUGUUGAGCAGUUAACUGCAACACAGACAUUAAAUCCUCUCACCGUAAAUAUUUAUAUGUUAACAUACAAUGAGAACUCAAUGAACCCUAAUAGAAAUUUUGAAUUUAAAAUUUGCGAUCAUUCUAAUCAAAUGAUUCGUGAUUGUUUAAACAAAUGUCAUGUCGCACUAAUGGAUAAAUUUCAAGAAGUAGUUAUGAGUGUUAGUCUUGAUAUAUAUUGUGCAUGGAGUGAAUUUGAGCAAAGUGGUAUAACUAUGCAGAGGAAAAUUGGGGAAUUUUGUCAUAAAGUGCGAACUAAACUUUUGAGUAUACCUAUUAUUUCUGAACAUGCUGUUGUUGAUAUGUUACAACAAAUCUCAUGCAAGCCACAGGAACUGAGUGAUUUAGUUAAAUCUGCAAGUGUUCAAACUAUGAUUGACAACAUAAAUAGUAAUUGUGAAAACAAGGACGUAUGGUUGAAAGCCCUGAUACAAAAAGAUGAAGUAUUCACAGAUGAAUCUAUUGUCAACUGCAUUACAUCCAAUAUAGAUCUUCUAAAUGAAAAUGAAUCUUAUGAACUUUAUAAAAGUAAAAAAGAUUAUCUAAUAGAGAAUUUAGAAAAUGAAGAAUACUUAAAAUCAUUUGUUGUAAAAUUAUUUCAACAAUGCAACUGUGAUGCAAAACAUGAAAUAUUAGAAGAUUAUUUUAGCAACAAUUGUUUUACAGAUAUAUUAGAAACCGAAGACUUUAUAAACACAAUGACAGAGAUAUUUAACAAAUUUAUUGUAUCACCAGAUGCUGAUCUUACCGAUAUUUUAUGUUUAUUUAUCCAAAACCCACAAAAAGUGUACAGUAAGAUUUUCAAUUUAGCAACAGAAAAUAAGCACCAAGCAGACAUAAUGUUGAAGGCUAUGAAGCUAUUGGAGAAUUAUUCAAAUCAUUUUUAUAAUUCUGAUACUGAACCCUGCAUAAUAAGGAUUACACUAAAUACUUUGUGUAAUUUAGAUUCAGAUGCCAAGAAAAACAAUUUUAUAUACUUUAUUUGUGAACUGAAAAAUCUUAACAGUAUCACAGGAACCAAGUUGCUUUUGUUAGUAAUUAUGCCUAAAAUUCAUAGAGCAUUAUUAGUAAGAGACAUCAGCACAUUAAACACACAAUGUAAAUUGCUUAAAGAGGCAUAUAAUUUGGAGGAACUUAUAGAAUACCGAGCACCCAUGUUGGCUAUGAUUGGGCAAAUAUUAGACGUAGUUCGCUGGAAAAUUAAUACUUUUAACACUAUAUGUCCUCCCACCUUACAACUUGCUUUAGAAUUACAUUUUUCUUUUAUGAAUACAUAUGAAACUGAAAUUCCAGAUAAUGAAAAGGAUUGGCUAAAAUCUAAACUAGAACAUCUACUACCUCUCAAUAUGUACUACUAUAGAAAAUUAUGGAAUCACCCUGGAGAUAAUUAUGUGGAAAUUAUCACAGGUAUGGAACUAAGUAACGGCAUGUCAACAGUGCAACUGGCUACGAGGCUCUCACAGGCGCUAUGCUCAAGUUAUCAACAAGAAUGGAUCAACAUGUGGAACGAUCUUACAGUAUUCAUUGAUACAGAGAAAUUGGAAACAUUCCACGAUGCAUUAUUCCUGAUAACAAUGUUAGAACGUGGUAACCGCACUGAGAUAACCUGGUCUUGUAUACUGUAUUGCUAUCAGUGCUUUAUUUAUCUCAUAAGGUACAAUUUCUUCAAACAACCUUUGGAUGUCGUCCAAGUGUCAGUUGUAUUGGAAAAGAUCGCGGUCAUGUGUAAUUUUGCACAAGGAGAUAACGUAGAAGACAUAUCGAGAGUUAUAUUACCACUGUUCGCGUAUUUGGCCGAAAGGAGGAACGAUUACAACUUCCCAGUUGCGGAAUAUUUAAGGACUAAAUUGGAAGAUUCUAGAUUUCUUUAUGCCUUCACCGAGGUAUUCACUAACGGUUCCGACUGA